AUGUCCCAGAAUGUCAUUUCGAUGUUCCUCCAGAUGGAGUGCUACGGGGGGAUGCAUAUGUUGCCACGCUGGAGUCGCGAAUCAGGAAUCUCGAAAGACAACUACAAACGAGCCAAGCUAAUCAAGCUAGGCCGACCAGCAUUUGAGGAUGCCACUGCUGUAAUGCAGCAGAAUAGGGUAGAUAUUCAGCAAGAUCGGAGGUCUAUGUUUAAGACCGCAGAUGAGCCCCAGGUAUCACCACCCGACGACCCGAUUCUGGAGAUGAGCUACGGACGCGCCUUUCUACCGGAAACAGAAAUCGACUCCCUUCCAAAGUUGCCGUCUAGCAACGGUGCGAGAAAGCUUGUUGACGCUGCCUACUUUUAUACCCAAGCUCGGUACUGCAUAGUCGAUUGGGCUCAACUGGGGGCGUGGCACCAACAACGAGAUGAACUUGCCUACGUCUCCUCUCGAGACUCGGUGAAGUCGCAAACAGCGGCAUUCUUCAUUUGGAUAGUCUACGCCAUUGGAGCUCGAUUGAUUUCAGAUCCCGAGAAUUCCACAGAGGCAUACUUCGCUCGAGCGCAGAUCUAUCUCCCAGCCGUGAUGUCUCUGCAGGACAUGCAAUCGGUUCAAGCUCUUCUCUGUCUUGUACAGUACCAUUUCAGAGCACCAUCGGAAUCUCCCAUGUGGCAUCUGGUUGGCCUUGCUCUACGUUUGUGCGUCAAACUCCGAUAUCACCGGAAACUGGCAAACGCUCCCGAUUCGCAAAAUCUGGAUGCAUAUAGUAUGGAGCUUCGGAAACGAUUCUUCUGGUGCGCAUAUUGUUUUGAUAGAACGAGAUAUACAGGACCACAUGCCCAGGUACCUUCGUUGGCUGAAGUGCAAAGUCUGCUUUGGAAGCUGGAUCAAUGGAAACAGCAAGCGCCACAAAAGAGAGACUCAAAGCCAUUCCCACAACAAACCCCCGAUCGGGUACAGGCGACAUACACACAGGCCGUUUUACUCUUGAUCCGACCUAUUUUGAUGGCCAAAGAGAUCGACGCCGAUCUAAUAGGACUAUGUGUCGAAUUUGCAGUGGAAGCAUGCUCGAAUGCAAAGGCCUUGAGCUUGAAUCCUCAAACUCCUCCGGAUCGCAUUACAGUGUACCAUUGCUUCUACUGUGCAACUACCAUGAUGACCUCCUAUUCGAACCCGGAACCAAAACGUUGGUCAAACCCUGCCGGCUGGGGCACACGUCACUGGAAUGACGUCGCACCUUUCACACUCUGGGAUGAGAAAAACCGCAAGUUCCGCCAUCCCUCACAUGAGGAGUUGCCCUGGAUCCGCCAGCAAUUCGGGGAGGGAGAGGUGCAUUUCUCCGGGUGGCUGAUGUGCAUAGAGACAGCCCGUCCACCCCAGCCAAUCCCACUAACCCUUGGGGCAAUGUCUGUCCUAUUUGUACGCUCCGGAGAGACGGUCAUGGAUCUCAUCCCAAGAUCUGGAUAUUCGAAUCCUCGUGUUCACGAUCCGUGUCCUAAUGUCCGGUGGCUUAGAAUGACUAACCCGACCAAGGCUCAGACAGCUGCUGUCCUUGCGGCCAUCGCGCCACUCGCUCAUGUGAGAGCUGCUCUUUUUCUCCCGUUCUGGACCAUUUUCGACCUUGAGACCGGGGAUGGCCGCAGCUACACAAGACUUUCACUUCCCUGA